AUGAUGCUAUCCAUACUCGGUGAAACAAGAAGACAAGGUUUAUCGCAUUCGUUACCUCUGACACGAUCUCAUACAGUGCUGUCCGAAUCGACUCUUGUAGAAAUGGAUACCAGUCAAAAUGGUGACUUGAUGUACUGGGCCUCAAAUAAUCGCCCAGGCUACAAUGGUAGCCGUUUGGGUGAUUUCGAGUACACCGACGCUUAUCAGGCUCGCUAUGACAAAAUGGAUGAUAUUAGCAAAGAGCAGCAUAGCCGACGGCAUGUUCGUUUUGCCUAG